UAGAAGAUUAUUUCCAAAGGAAGCUUACUGGUGUCUGCCUCUCUCUGUCGGGUUUAUAUUCCCCACGCCUGAUGCAGGAGCCACAGGCAGCAGCCAUGCUCUCUCCCAGGCCUCUGCUGUGUGCUGCCGUGUUUGCGCUCACAGCCCUCCACACCCUGGGCUCCGACACCUUCAUCGCCGCCGUCUACGAGCACGCAGUCAUCCUGCCAGAGGCCACCAGCAAGCCCGUCUCUCCUGAGGAUGCUCUGGCCCUGAUGAACAGAAACAUGGACGUCUUGGAAGGGGCCAUCAAGGAAGCUGCGCAGCAGGGUGCCCACAUCAUCGUGACUCCCGAAGAUGGCAUUUACGGCUGGCGUUUCACGAGAGAAGCCAUCUACCCCUACCUGGAGGAUAUCCCGGAUCCAGCGGUGAGCUGGAUUCCCUGCACCGACCCCACAAGGUUUGGUCAUGCUCCAGUGCAGGAACGACUCAGCUGCAUGGCCAGGAAUAACUCCAUCUACGUGAUUGCAAACAUGGGGGACAAGAAGCCCUGUAACUCCAGUGAUCCUGGCUGCCCCAGCGACAGUCGCUAUCAGUACAAUACUGAUGUUGUCUUUGACCCAGAGGGGAAGCUAGUGGCUCGUUACCACAAGUACAACUUGUUUAGAAGAGAGACUCAGUUUAAUUACCCAAAAGAGCCAGAAGCUGUCACCUUUGAGACUCCCUUUGGGAAGUUUGGCAUUUUCACUUGCUUCGACAUCCUUUUCCGUGAGCCUGCCGUGGUCCUGGUGAGCGAGUUGCAGGUGGACACCGUGCUCUUCCCAACGGCUUGGAUGAACGUCCUGCCAUUUCUGACCGCCGUUGAGUUUCACUCUGCCUGGGCUAUGGGCAUGGGUGUCAAUUUACUUUCAGCAAAUACUCAUAACGUCAGCUUGGCAAUGACAGGCAGUGGGCUCUUCUCGCCGGAGGGACCUGUUGCCUACCAUUAUGACAGCGAGACUGAAGAGGGUCAUCUCCUGCUAGCAGAGUUGAGAUCACAUCCCCGGCUUUCCCCCACCUACCCGCCUGCUGUCAACUGGAGCUCGUAUGCUGCAAGGAUCAAGAAAUUUCCGCAAGAAAAGAAUACUUUUUCAGGAGCUGUUCGGCGGGAUAUAUUCACUUUCACUGAACUCAGACGCAAAACUGGAAACUACACAGUUUGCCAAAGAGACUUGUGCUGUCAUUUGGUCUAUCGAAUGUCAAACAAGAGCAAAGAUGAAGUUUAUGUCCUCGGUGCAUUUGACGGACUUCAUGGUUCUCUCAUAAAGUACCAUUGGCAGAUAUGCACACUGCUCAAGUGCAAGAGCACAGACCGGAACACGUGUGGGCAGCCAGUGGAGACAGCUCAGACCAAGUUUGAGAUGUUCUCCCUCAGUGGCACAUUUGGCACCAACUAUGUCUUUCCAGAAGUCUUGUACAGUGGGGUGGAGCUGGCCCCUGGGGAGUUCAAGGUGCUACAUGAUGGACGUUUGAAAAGCAAGCACAGUACAUCGAAACCAGUGGUAACAGUGACGCUUUUUGGAAGGCUUUAUGAAAAGGACUGGCCGCAUCCUCUCCGAACCUCCCAUAAUGUAGCUCCUUAGGUGUUACACAGCCACAAUAGACAAGAGGGGAAUUUCCUACAGUGAUCCACCUCCUCACGAUCUGUGGUAGUUAUCUUGUAUCAUUCCUGUUCUGCAGUCUUCCACUUAACCUCAGCAGCUGUGGUAGUUGGAUUUAUUUAGGAGAAAGCAAUGUGAUCACUCUGUUGAGUACAUGCUUUUAAUAGCACUUGAGACAGCUGAAUUAUUUUUUAGCAUGAAUGCUCUGUCACAUCAAAUCUUUAAUUAGAGGGAUUUUUUUUCUAAAGAUAUCAUGUAGAUUGUCACAAUAAUACUAAAAAGAAGAUUGAUACUGAAAUGUGUGAAGUUUGUCAGUUUGCUGCAGAACAAAUCUUUUCCAAGGAAGCCUUUCUGUCCCUUUCCUGUUUUUCAGACUGUCUGUUUUUCUCAUCCUUGCACACCAAUGAAUGUGUCCUCUCAGUGGACCUUGGUCCCAUUCUGAUUAAACAACUGUGCAAUGGAGAGAAAACCAGUUUUGAGAUGGUUUUAGGUGCAACUUUAGAGAAAGAAAGUGAUCCUUCACAACACACACAGACGCUGAGUCUGGCUAAACCAGUUCCACAGUGCUUCUGAGCUUGCACUGCUUUGUGCAUGGCAGAUGUGUGUUGAGUCCAAUGCAUUUCAUAUCAGACUUAUCACAUAAACAUAGUGUGCCAACACCUUUCCUAGGUAUUAGGAAAAUGUCUUCUAAACUGUGAAAACACAGGAAAUAAAAUGUUUUAGUAGCUGAAAUAAUUUUGCCACAUAGUGUGAAAAAUGGCAUCAUUUGGAACUUGUAGCAUUAACAGGUAAAAUUUGGCAGUCCUGGGCCUGAUUUGCACCACAUGUGCCUUGGAGUGGUCUCUAUCUCAAUGCUUAUCCCAUGGUCUUUUGCCUCUACCACCCUUCAUAUCAC